AUGGAAUCCUCAGAGAGGAUCGAGUUGCCUGCCUCGUUUGAAGAUGUUAGCAUAGACCACUUGGUACUUCUCAUAGCCGACAUGCUCGAACGGUUAAUAGCGCAUAAUGAUCAAAUACCACUAGUUCCUGAAGGUCUCACCCGAUUUCAUUCUCGAGCCGCGCCAAACAUAUCGGUGCUGGAUUAUUUACGCCGGAUUGUCAGAUUCACGAACGUGGAGAAAGCAUGCCUUCUACUCACUCUACACUAUAUUGACCAAAUCUGCGCACGGAUGCCCCUGUUUACGCUCUCCUCAUUGACUGCACAUCGUUUCAUCGUCGCCUCGGUGGCGAUAUCCAGCAAGGCUUUCUGCGAUGCGUUUUGCACCAACUCACACUACGCCAAGGUCGGUGGAAUAUCCAUCGUGGAACUGAACGUCCUGGAGAGGGAAUUCCUUCGGAUAAUCGACUGGGAUCUCACGUGCACUCGCGAGUUAUUGCAGGAAUAUUACGUCAACCUCGUACGGACGCAUAGCUCUGGCAAAUUUGUAAUCCCGACGACGCAGCAGUCGUCCAGCGGCUCUUCCGACAGCGAGAUAGAAGUCGAUAGUGGCCGCUCUCGGCCAAUGUCUCCAGUCGAGGGCAAUUCACAUGCGGGUCACCCUCCGGUACCCCACGGAGCGUCCACUAUCCUUAUCGAUACGGCAACCUUAUCACCGCAGCCUUCGCAAGGACCCACCAUCGAACAGAAUAUGGCCUUCGCUGCGCUCAGGGAGUCGAUGGAUCAAUCAUGA